ACUGUUCGUCCGUAUGUAAACACAGGGAAGUCAUUACCAGCUGAUUGCGGGGUGGCGGUGUUCGUUCACCCUGUUUUGGUAGCUUAAAAUAAAAAGAAGAAAAACAGUUAAGAAAGAGUAAAGAAGGUGAAGAAGAACACUCUCUUCGACGUGUAUUAUGGAUGAGUUAGGAGACCGGAAUGGCUAUUUGGAACUAUCAAGUCAUCCUAUAAGGUUCGAGCCCGUGAGCAAAGUGACGAAUGUUUUCUUUGAUGAUACGAGUAAGGAGGUUUUGAGUGUCAGGGCUGGUGGCACUUUAGGUGUGGUGGUGAGGGGUGUUGGGCGUGAUCACACAUUUCGCAUGGAAGAUCGUGGGACGAUCUCAUCCCUCAAAUUUUCACCUGACCACACAGUUCUUGCAGUACAACGCAACAAGAAUUCAGUGGAGUUAUUAAGUUAUAAUGAUGGAGAAAUUGGCCCAGGAUGUGUACAAGAAUGCAGAGCAAAAGGAGCAAACCUUCUUGGUUUUAUAUGGACGAAUAAUGAUGAUUUGGUGUUAGUUACGAACAGUGGAGUUGAGUUCUAUCAGAUUCAGUCCCCACCACCUGAGGACCAAGCAGACAUCAGCAGUUAUGUCAUGAGUCUUCUCCCUGGCUGUUCCUGUGUGCAAGGUGGUGUUGAGCUGCCACCUUCCUCCCUUCAGGUAUGGUGGGUGAUGCGUUUGAAGAUCCAUACUUGGAACUCAUUAGAUCUCUCGAGUCUUAUUGAUGUGCUCUCUAUUGGAGAGAGUUAUCUCUGCUCAUCAGAGAAGAGAUUGAUCUACUGCUCUCUUUGCUCUGGAAAGGAAGAAACUCGUUUGAUUGUCAAAGAUAGAGAGUACGAGUUUUGUGCUUCUGCAUAUUGCUCAUCGUAUAAGGAGCUCGUAGUCUCAGGAUCUCGAUGCCCAGGUACUCGUCCAGUCACUCGAGGCAGUCAGUGCGUCAUCGAUCGAGUCAUAUGCAGAGCGUCAGUCUCAGUGCGGGCGGAUCGUUGCUGGUCAUUGCAGUGCUCGUUCAUGAGUCAUCGAGUCAGUCAUGCUCGUCGGAUGCAUCGUGCUACUCUAGCAAGAUCGAGAGAUCGAAGGGUCGAGAGUACGUCGAGAGGAGAUCUAGAGAGGAUUCAGUCGUUCAGAGAUCAGAAGAGUCGGCAUCGGAGUCUAUUGCGGAAAGAGGAGUUGCGUAAGGUUACGGAGCCACACUCAGGGGAAGCUACAACAUUCCAUGCUCUGGUUUGUAAUGGGGCACUGAGGUGUUUGCAUCUGUUGCUGUGGUAUUCGGGCGGCGCGACCAAACCGAACCUCAAGACCAACUUUCACGUUCAAAGUGAGAGUCAGAAAAGCCUGCGUGAGGUCAUAAGCAAGAGAGGUGUCAUUGUGGAAGAAUGUAAGAGUCAGUUGGUUGACUCGUUACUGUCUAGGAGGAAGCAGGAGUACAGGGGCCCAACUAAUGUGACUGUCAUAGAGUACUAUGCAGAUGUAAUCACGAGACUGUAUGAUAUAAUCAAGAGCGUUGUGUUGGUCAUUGAGAUGAUGUCAGCUGUGUGUACUUUCAUGUUGAUGUCGCGAGCCAUCCCUCCCUCUGUGUCCUCAAAACUGGUUGUAGGAGUGGUUAUAGAGUACAUCCGGUCACUGGGCGCGGUAGGAGUAACUGUGCAGCAUUUCCUUUAUGAACUGGUUAUAAAUGCACUUGUCAGAUCCAGGCAAUUUUACCAGCUCCAUCAACUUCUUCAGUAUCAUGUUUUGGCUGAUUCAAAGCCCCUGGCCUGUUUACUCUUGUCUCUUGUGAGUGUUUACUCAGCUGGCAAACAACUCAGCCUUGACAUGCUUUGCCGCUUAAACACAGCUCAUGAUGAAAUUAUAGAAGUCCUACUCUCUCAACACCAGGUUAUUCCAGCUCUGAGAUAUGCCCGAAGUGUCGGCCUAGCGGAAACAGUGUCAGCUCGGAAAUUCCUUGAAGCUGCCAUGAUCUGCGGUGACUCAGACGUUUUCUAUUCCACUUUCAAUUUCUUUGGGCUCCGGAAUGCAAAACUUCGUGGAAGUUCAGCUUUUGCCAAAGGGGAACACUGUGAUAUGUAUGUAGAACACUUCAAGAAACUGUUUGGUGAAAUUCCAGAUUAUACAAUACAACAGACCUAGUGAUCCUCUGAAGCUAGUCUAAUGCAUUUCCAAACAUUAAAAAAAAAAAUUACAGAAUUAAUUUUUGUUCAGAAGUGAACAAAAAGGAAGAAUUAUAUUUAAGACGAUUCCCUUGGUGAUAUUUGUUAGAUACAAUCUGAUCCAGUUUCUUAACAAGAGCAAAAUGCAUCAAAUAACCUUCAGUAUUCACAGUGGAGAUGAGAAUUUUGGUUGAAGUAAAAGCAAAGAAAUUGUCUACUCACAGAAAGGUAAGAUUUUCUACUCAGGAAUAUGAAACUCUUAGUACCAAGAAGAUACAAAUUUCUGGUAUUCUCUAAUAAGCCUAAGCUGUUCAGGCCUUGUUGUUUGUAUAUAAGCGUAUGGAUUAUAAUGAGCUAUGGUACUUGCCCAUAUAAUUUGAAAUAUAUAUAUGUAUAUGUAUAUUAAAGAGGCAACAGUGAUUUUAUAGCCCAUUUUUUAAUCCAUGAAAGGGGUCUGUUCAGCUGUGUCUUUAAUGCUUUACUUAAUCUAGUGUUUUUAAAAAGUGAGAUUCAUACUAUUCCUUUCUUUAGACAGUUUGUAGUCAUUCAUAAUAAAUAUAUAUAUAUAUAUACAUAUAUGUAUGCAUAUGAGAGAAUAUUGUCAGUCAUUGUAAACAAAUUUAUUUGUAUACAUCUAUAUUAUUAUUAAAAUAUGAUGUUGAUACUGCUUA